GCCCAAAAAGGUACAGAAGGCGAGGCCCAACUGAGUAUUUUCUGAGAGAACCAUUGGUGGUAUAUGCUAUGUUUGUAUCGCUCUAUUCGUCUCGCAGAGAGAAGAAAUGCCGAGUGCUCUGCAAUUCCAAGCUUCACGCCCAAGCACCAUAGCUCCACUCACGAGGCACGUUUUUUCCGCCAACCUUCACUCACACCGUAGUCUCUCAUUCACCAAACUUUCUUCCCUUCCCCAACCUCUGUACUCCUUCACCGUACAACCCUCACAUCACACCUCCGCAGUCGGAUCUCCGUCGCUCCAACACUGGAACCUCACCAGCCGCCACGUCACCGUUCUCAACGUCUUUGCCUGCGCGACGGCGGCAUGUGCAACGUGGCUAUUCUUCUCCGCGAUUCCCACGCUCCUGGCUUUCAAGAAAGCAGCGGAAUCGAUGGAGAAGCUGAUGGAUGCCACAAGGGAGGAGCUUCCCAACACCAUGGCCGCUAUUCGAUUAUCCGGCAUGGAAAUCAGUGACUUAACCACAGAGCUCAGUGAUAUAGGCCAAGAGAUUACUCAAGGUGUUCGAAGCUCAACUCGUGCAGUUCGCUUGGCGGAGGAGAGGCUUCGCCGUUUGACUACUGUGCCUUCUUCAGCUUCGUUGCAGGGAACGAUCAAUUCGAAAGCCGAGGAUAGUGAUGAGCCUGCGGUGGCCAGAACAGCAAGGGGCGUGAGAGAGGGUAUUGUCAAGGGCCGUGCUAUGUUGCAAAUGUUUUUCACCUUCACCCAAUUUUCAAGGUUUGCUCUCAAAUUUAUCUCUGGUCGUAGAAAAUUGUCAAGCUAGCAUCUUGCCUUGGAAGCCAACAUCACACUGUACACUGGCUUUAUCUUGGAAAAAAAAAAUCAGUUUUGAUACACUUACACA